GGAUGGAUUCUUGAUUCCAUUUUCGUUUUCGUGGAUUAUUUGAGGAUAUUUUUUGGAAUGCUUUUGAUGGUUUCGUUUGAGGAUAUUGGAAUUUCUUCAUCGUUUCAUAAGUGGAUUUAUCUAAUUAACUGAUUGAUUGAUUGAUUGAUCGAUCAAGCAAGCAAGCAAGCAAGCAAGCAAGCACGAAAAUGGAUACUAAAUCACCGACAUAUACAAAUACAAAUGCAAAUACAAACGUUCCCUCGACAUCGACACAGACAGCACAUUCGGAUAUUCCGAUGGUAGACAUUCACAAUCCUCACACCGGGGCCGGAACUGGAACUGAAACUGGAAUUCAAAAUGAGUUAAACGCAAACCAUCCGGAAAUCAAUAUUCAAGCGCCUGAUCCUCCUCCUCCUUCGUACAACGCUCAUCCCGAUCAACGUUCGAGUGAGAAGACGGCGGUGGGGAAUAAUCAGCAUCAUGAAACGCCGCCGCAAUUUCAGAUCCAGCCGCAACCGUCGAUGAAUGCGAAUGCGAAUGCGAAUGCGGGGGGGGAGUAUGGAGGACAGCAUACGGCGCCGCUCACGUCGCUGCAGAAGGAAUCGAGAUUGGUGAGGUGUCCGAGGUGUGGGGUUUGUGAGUAUACGGUGGUGGAGUGGGUUAGUGGGGGGACUGCGGAUGUCUCAGCACUGCUCUGCUGUCUCUGUUUCUGUCUCCCCUGCGUACCCUACCUCAUGACGAGCUUUAAGGAUGUACAUCAUAAGUGUGUGAAUUGUGGAUUUUUGGUUGCGGUUUGGAAAAGAAGUGGGAAGACGGAGGUGAGUGUUGCGGCUAGUGCGGCGGCUGCUUCUGGGGGUGCGGGGGGGACGGGGGGAGCGGGAGGGAAGUAAUGAGGUGAUGUGGGCGUGGGUGUGGAAUUAUGGAUUGCAUUAAGUUGGGUGGGUGUCAAGGGGCUUGAUUUUCAGAGGAGGUUUGGAUUGGAGAGGAGAAUUGUUUUUUAGUUUGAUAUCCAGGGCUUUGAGAUGAUCUCCUUUUGGGGGAGGGUGAGUGGGUUUGGACGUCUAUUUGGGGGUUUUGAUCUUGGCUUUUUUUGGUCUUGUCAAUUGUUUCUUAGAUGCGGAAUCAACGGUAUUGGACGCUUGUCGUCGUUUAUCCUGAGGGGUUGUGGGAAAUCCUUAAUUUUUAUUAUUGAUUUUGAUUGUGAUUAUAUUUCUUAGAAGAAUUGCAGUGUUCUGGUUUGUUUACCUUGCUUUGAUAUUAAUCUUUCUAUAUUUCGGGAACUUCCCCAUAUGUUCUUGAGCCACUUUCCUCUUAUCUGUAUGUUCAAGAUCGUGGAUGGGGUUUGUGGCAGUUUAAAUAGCAAUCGAGGCUUAUAA